UCUCGUGACGUCCGGUCUGAUGCAUUGGCGAUCGAAAGUGUUGAGCAUGAACGAAGUCAGGUAGUUAUUCACACAUGCUUGACCUGGCUUUGCAGUGGAUUUCGACCAUGAAAAACGUCUUUUGAGGACUGUAACGGACAGAAAUGGAGCAGAGCGUCAAUUCUGACCCGGUCGUUCCAGACCCGGGUGACAGCAGCGGUCGUGUGGUAUGGUGGCGGAAUUGGACAGCCUUUUGGCUCCUGGGAUUGUGCAACAACUUUGCUUAUGUGGUGAUGCUCAGUGCUGCUCAUGACAUCCUCAAGAAACAAGAGUCCGGAAACAACACAGCAUCUAUCUCCGCUUCAUCAUCAGUGGGCCAGCAGGAGGGGAACAGCAGUGGGAACAGUAGCAGCUACGACUGCAACCCUGCGUCGACUGCGACGGUCUUGUUGGCUGACAUCCUACCAACGCUGAUCGUCAAACUGGCAGCUCCGUUCGUCAUACACAGAGUGCCUUAUGGGUUACGGGUUCUGUUCUGUGUUGUUAUGGCAGCUACAAGUUUCCUUCUGGUUUCCCUCUCUGCAUCCAUGUGGCAGAGCAUUUUAGGUGUGGUUUUCGCCAGUUUCAGUGCUGGACUCGGGGAGUUGUCUUUCCUCUCUCUCACCGUUUUCUUCAGCAGGGAUGUCUUAGGAGGCUGGGGCUCUGGGACGGGUGGUGCUGGCGUUGCCGGCGCCCUCCUCUACUCGGCUCUUACCCAGGCUGGUCUGACACCCCGGGUUACUCUCCAAGUCAUGCUGGUGGUGCCGGCCAUCAUGCUGGUCAGUUAUUUUGGUCUUCUGGUUCCUCCCACCGCAUUGCCACAGUGGAAGAGCAAGGAGAAAGCAUCAGCAGAAGGCAGCUCAGAGGACAGACAGCCCUUGAUAGACGACGAGACGGAAGAACACAAAGCAACACGCGCAAAGAGCAGAAGACGUGAAGCUCUUACUCUUCAUGAGAAAUUCCUGGUCAUCAAGGGUCUGCUGAAGUUUGUGCUCCCUCUGGGCCUGGUCUACUUUGCUGAGUACUUUAUCAACCAGGGUUUGAUGGAACUCUUGUACUUCCCAAAGUUCUUCUUGUCCCAUGCAGAACAGUACCGCUGGUAUCAGACGCUGUAUCAGGUGGGUGUGCUGGUGUCCCGCUCCUCCCUGUGUUGCAUAAAGAUCCGACAGCUGUGGGCGCUCUCUUGGUUGCAGGUAAUGAAUGCAGUCCUCUUGCUUCUUGCGGUACAGUACCACUUCCUACCAAGUGCCUGGCUGGUGUUUGUUAUCAUCUUUUACGAGGGUCUGCUGGGAGGGGCCGCCUAUGUCAACACCUUCUUCUUCAUCAGCAAGGAGAGUGAGGAGCGACACCGGGAGUUUGCCAUGGCCACUGCCAGUGUAGGAGACAGUUUUGGCAUUGCCUUGGCUGCUCUUGCUGCCUUACCCACCCACCAAUACUUCUGCUCACUUUAACUCCCGUCAGAGAAGACGUCGGUGCUCAGUGGAGCUACAUUGUAGCAGAGAGGAGUGAGACGUCGACUGACAGUCUGCCUGAAAAUAGGAAGCAAAUAUCUCAACACAACACAAGCUAACACAAGCGAAGUCUAAGCCAAUAUUUAGCUAUAACUCAACCACUCUACCCAUGUUUUCUUUACCUUUUAUGUUUCAUUGUAAAAGCCGGGGUCGUCUUUUUUCAUUAGCCUGAGGUUUUAAAUGACCUUUAAUUUACUAAAUGUAAUUUUAUUUAGAGUUUCCUCUAAACAUAUUCAGUCAUACUAGGGUACUAUAUUUUAGACAAAAGCUACUGUUAGGGUAGGCUAUUAUUUAUAAUAGUUUCUUUAAUUUCUUUGGACAGUUGAAAUAUAAUUCAUGUGUGUUUUGUGCUGCAUUGUUUCACACACUUCAUGAAAGCUGUGUUUUCCUAAGAACAAUUGUUAAACAGCUGCAUUGCAGAACCAACUGCAGUCAUGGCAACAAUUCCAGACCAGUAACUGUAUAACCACCUACUGCUGCACAGUUAACGCAUGACUCAAAUACACAGCAGGGCGCUGCCAUCAAGUCUUAUCCUCGCGACUGGCUGUGAUAGUGGUCAUUAAUUCUCCGCCCUACAAUAUUGUUAUCCUGGUACAUGAAUUGCCUGUUGUUCUGAGAACACAUACAAAUCAUUUCUGCAAAUUGCUCAGUGUAUUACAGCCAUGUUACGAUCAUAAUAACUGCUCCUGCCUUUUUAACUGCACCAUUGAUGGAUGAUGAUGAUGGACUAAUGAAAAACUGGAAUUUUGCUGUUUGGAUUGGAUUUAUGAUCAAGCAAUUUUAUUAUCAGAAUUUUCUUCAUUGUCAAUGUUUGCUUUAUUUGUAAUAAACAAAUUGAUUUUGAAUAACAA